AUGUCAUCGCAAGACCCGAACGUUUAUAAUCAUGAAUUCGUCUAUUCGUUUCAAAUUCCCGUGCCUCAGGGAUCCGUCGUCACCACUUCACAGGAAGCUAAGGAUGUAGUGUCUAGCAUCAGUCAGUCUACGCUCAUCCCCUUGAUAUCGGAGCUCGAUGCACCCUCAGUGGUGAAAGCGCAAGUCCUCGCCGGAGGCCGCGGCAAAGGCAAAUUCAGCAGCGAUGGCAAAGGCGGCGUGCGCAUCGUAUCCUCACCAACCGAGGCAUUCGAAAGUGCCUCCAACAUGCUCGGCUAUAACCUAACCACAAAGCAAACACCACCCGAAGGCCUCCUAGUGAACAAGCUCUACAUCUACAAAUCCGUCGACAUCGCCGACGAAUUUUACGUAGCAAUCACAUUCGACCGUGACCGCUACAUGCCCGUCCUCCUUAUCUCCGACGACGGCGGCGUAAACAUCGAAUCCAACGCAAGCAGACUUCAGCGAUUCUGGUUCAAUUUACCGCACGGCAUAACGCCCGAAAUAACCUCCUACAUCCAAGCGCAGUUCGGCUUCUCGGACAAAGAGAUGGCGCCAAUUACUCACAUCUUGCACCAAAUGGUCAAGCUGUUCCGGGAAAAAGAUGCCACCCUGCUGGAGCUGAAUCCGCUCGUGCGCACGCCCGACGACGAAUUCUUCUGCCUCGACGCAAAAUUCAGCUUUGAUAAUUCGGCUAGGUUUCGACAACAGGAACUUUUUGCUCUGGAGGAGCAGGCGCCCGGUGAAGAGGAUGAGUAUCAGGCGGCUCAGUUGGGUCUUUCUUAUGUGCGGCUUGAGGGAAAUAUUGGGAAUGUUGUUAAUGGGGCUGGGCUUGCGAUGGCGACUAAUGAUCUUGUGACCCUUUGCGGCGGGAAGUGUGCUAAUUUUCUGGAUGUUGGUGGGGGAGCGACGAAGGAGACUUUGUUGAAAGCUUUUGAUAUCCUUCAGCGGGAUACGCGGAUAAAGGGGAUACUCGUAAAUAUUUAUGGUGGGAUUGUUCGCUGUGAUAUGAUUGCGGAAUCUAUCGUUGCUGCGGCCAGUGCUAUCGGAGGAUUCAAGAUGCCAGUGGUGGUUCGUUUGCAGGGUACAAAUAACGAGAAAGGAUUGAAAUUGAUCCAAGAGUCUGGGUUGGGCAAUCUUAUCGUGGAGGCGGACUUCGAGCAAGCAGCUGAAAAGAUUGUCAAGCUCACCGGCACUGAAGCUUCAUGA